UAGGGACCACCACGAUAGUAUUAUUGGUAUAACUUAGUGCGGGCCACCGAGGUAGACGAGACGAUUCACAGUGCCAUUGUUUAGUUAAUGCGUGAAAUGCAUGACUGUUUACCACGAACGAGAUUUUGCCAGUGAUGUAUGAAUGUGUUGAAACAAAUAUACCCAAAAAUGAAUAUCAAUAUUCUAAGACUGUUCAAUACAAAUAUUCCAAAAUUACACCAAGAAUUGAAGGACCGCACCAUUUUAACCAGGUUAUGUUCUCGUCAACAAAUUUCAACUCGGGUGAAAAAUGUUUGUACAGAAAGAAAAGCUCCCUGGAGCGUCUUGUUCUUUGGCAGUGAUGAUUUCGCGUUACAGAGCCUUAGGCAACUCUACCAUAAGUAUGAAGCAGGGAAAUUGCUAAGUCGUCUCGAAAUUGUUACUGCUUAUGGUGGAAAAGAAAAUACUGUCACAAAAUAUGCGAGACAACACAGGAUACCGAUACAUAACUGGCCACCAGAUAUCAACCUGUCUGAAUUUCACAUUGGACUGGUCGUGUCCUUUGGGCAUUUAAUUCCAUCUCGCAUCAUACUCUCUUUUCCAUUAGGCAUGUUAAACGUCCACGGUAGUUUGUUGCCUAGAUGGAGAGGUGCUGCACCAAUAAUAUAUGCACUGUUGAACGGAGACAGUGAAACAGGUAUUAGCAUUAUGAAAGUGAUGCCAAAAAAAUUUGACAUUGGAGAAGUGGUGGCUCAACAAAAAUUAAAUGUUCAUCCUGAUGAAACAAUGCCAGAGUUACGAGACAGAAUGUCAAGGCUUGGUGCAGACCUUCUGAUAGACACUUUGAAAAGAUUGCCAGAUAUUUUAGAUCAUGCUGAACCACAAAGUAACGAAGGAAUAACUUAUGCACCCAAAGUAACUCCGAAGUUAUCUUUAGUAAAGUGGAAUGAAAUGACUGCUAAGAAUGUUUAUGAUUUGCAACGCGCCUUGUGUGAAUUAUAUCCCCUGACAACAACGUUUUUGGGUGCAACACUGAAACUCUUGGAUGUUCAGGUACUUAAAGACCCACUUCCAGGACAACAAGUGUCUGACAUAGUGCCAGGUCUACUGACAUUCAACAAAGAGCUGAAUAAAUUAGUGGUAUAUUGUCGAGGGAACACCAAAAUUUCGGUUAGUAACAUAGGCUGUCCUGGUCGACCGCCCAUGUCAGCUCGUGAUUUCUAUAACGGAUUUCUUUCGAAGAACAAACGAAAACCGUACCUUUUUUCGUCUUGA